GGUUGCACAAGGCUUGUUUGGAGGUACACUUCGUCUUCUUCUGUCUUAUUUUGCUUGCUGACGGGCUAUCCUUCCAGCAAUGGCUCAAGACAGCAAACACUUGCCCUGUAUGUCGCAAAAAGGUCAAGAAUUCUCCGAAAUGCCCGUAUAAGGCAAGCAUGAUGACAAGUGCGGGGGCUGGUGGGCUAGGGCCAAGAGAACCUGAAGCGGGAGCAAGUGGUACUCACGGUCGUGCAUCGAGCUCAGACUCUACCUCUGGGGUUGUUGCUAUGCGUUUGGGCGAACUAAUUAAUCGCGCUCGCCGAGGGUCCAAUGCCCAAUCAGGGAGUGGUACCCAGCAGCAGUCAUUGUCCCGUGUCCAAACGAACGUUGGUCCUACUACCGAGCCGGUGGCGGCGACAAGGUUUAAUGGCGGUGGAACUCAUUUCCAUCACCAUCAUCACCACUAUCUCCACAUCCACCCACCACGUCCUGAGCAAUCCCACGGUUCACAGUUCCCAAAUUCUUAUCAUCAACCUCCCAACUCAACUGCAAGUGUAGUCCAGAGUGGUACGGGACCCCGCACGUUCCCGUCUGCCCAGAACGUCAGCGGACCUCGCCCUAAUGUGUCAAGUCGCCCAGCACUUUCACGCCCGACUUCCUGGUUUGGGUCAAUGACAAAUCGAGCCAGUGCUCGGCGGGUGCCUGAAUCAACACAGGAUAGCGGCCCACGUUUCCCAUCUUCUCCAAUGGACGUAGAUUUUGAAAGCAGCUUCGGAAGAACAAGUUUCAUAGGUGCAACUUCUGACCCUGCACCAGCUCCACGGAGCACCUUCGGAGCGCCUUCGUCGUCUAGUUCCAUGUCUAGCGCAGUUUUCCCUCAAACCGCAGACUCGUCGUCAUCAUCGUCAUCAUCGUCAUCAUCAUCUAUAUCUACCACAUCUAACAUGCUAGACACAUACUCCCUGGCGACAAGUGAAUUACAAUCUUCCCACGGCACAUCACGGACGAACGUGGGCUCAUUGGGGAGCCGACCUUAUGGAUCCGCGCAUCCCAACAAUGCAGGUUCAACUGCGCAGCACUAUGGAUCUUUCAACGCGGAUAGCGGACUGAACUCGAGAAGCAGUUCGACUAGCAGUAGCUAUGUGAGGCCGGGAGGACCUGGGACAUCUGGUCCUCCUCCAUGGUGGCGGUGAGCUGUCGCUGAUCAUAUGCUUGCCACCUUCAAUGAUCCCCUCCAUAUAAUAUCUAUUUUUCGGUCUAGUUAUAGCAUUGCGUCACGAGUUAUAUGCUUUUUU